AUGGCCUCGGCUGCUCGAUCUGCCUCCCGGGCCUUCCUCCGCUCCACUCCGGCCACCUCCUCCUUCAGACCGGCGGCCCGCAGCUCGCGCUUCGCUCUUCCCGCUCAGGGCUUCCGUGCCUCGUCCCGUCGUGGUUAUGCCUCUGAGGCUGGCCAGGGCAAGUCCUCCAAUGGCCUUCUCUGGGCUGGUCUCGCCGUCGCUGGUGGUGCCGGUGCCUUCUUCUACCUAAACGGCGGCGACUCGGUCAGCUCCAAGGACUUCGUCCCUGCCCAGAAGGACUACCAGAAGGUGUACGACGAGAUCGCCCGUCGUCUCGCCGAUGAGACUGACUAUGACGACGGCAGCUAUGGUCCGGUUCUCGUGCGUCUGGCCUGGCACGCAAGCGGCACUUAUGACAAGGAAACCAACACUGGAGGAAGCAACGGUGCCACGAUGAGAUUCGCUCCCGAGUCCGACCACGGCGCCAAUGCCGGUCUCAAACUGGCCCGGGACUUCUUGGAGCCCAUCAAGAAGCAGUUCCCGUGGAUCACCUACUCCGAUCUCUGGACCCUGGCCGGCGCCUGCGCCAUCCAAGAGCUGGGCGGCCCUGCCAUCCCUUGGCGCCCCGGUCGUCAGGAUAAGGAUGUCGCCGCCUGCACCCCUGACGGACGUCUGCCCGAUGCCACCAAGGACCACAAGCACGUCCGCGACAUCUUCUACCGCAUGGGCUUCAACGACCAGGAGAUUGUGGCCCUCGUGGGUGCCCACGCCCUGGGCCGUGCUCACGCCGAUCGCUCCGGCUUCGACGGACCCUGGGACUUCAGCCCUACCGUCUUCACCAACGAUUUCUUCCGUCUCCUGCUUGACGAGAAGUGGCAGCAGAAGAAGUGGAACGGACCGACCCAGUUCACCGACAAGAGCACCGGCACCUUGAUGAUGAUGCCCACGGAUAUCGUCAUGGUCAAGGACAAGGAGUUCAAGAAGCACGUCGACCGCUACGCCAAGGACAGCGAUGUCUUCUUCAAGGAAUUCUCCGACGUCUUUGUCAAGCUCCUGGAGCUCGGCGUCCCCUUCAAGACCGAGGACCGCUAUGUCUUCAAGGCCUCCGAGUAG